AUGGCUACCAAACGCGCAAGCGGACCAAUGCCCUUCGACAUCACGAUCAAAGAUCCCAAGGCCAGAAUACAAGAGUACAUAGACCGGUAUCAAAAGGAUGACAGCUACGAGGGCCAUGAACGCGUACUUAUGCGAGCGAUACGCGUGAUCGGCGCCACGCUGGACAGCAAAAGCCAAGAAGCUACGACGAUUUUCGAGCUCGACGUUGUACCAGGCCUCUGUAGCCCUAUGGAGCGAAUGCACGGGGGCGCCAUGGCUUUGCUAGUCGACAUGGCGACCACAAUGGCGGCCGCUCCUAUUUCUAGCGAAGGCUGGUGGGAAUUCGGUGGUGUAUCCAGGACGUUGAGUGUGACAUAUCUCAGGCCGACGAUGAUGAACACGACCAUCGUUGUCGAGUGUGUGGUUCGCGGUAUAGGUGCGAAUUUGUCCGUCAUCCAGUUCGUUGCUCGAGACAAGGCCAGCGGGAAGACUUUGGCACUGGCCGAGCAUGGAAAAGCGGCUUUGAGUAAGCAGGUCCGGCCGAAAGGGAGCUCACUAUGA